AUGGUCAGAAUACCACCUCUCCAAAAACGUUCUGCAAGAUCCGAUCGUAUAACAUUAGAUACACUAGAAUUAGAAGUUGAUGCUAAAGUAAUGUUAACAAGAAACACAAACAUUCCAGAUGGCUUUGCUAAUGGUAGCUUCUGUACCGUUAUUGAUUUCUUGUAUAAUGAUGAAGAAACAGUAGUAGUAAAGAUAGUCUUAAGAUCUGAAGAAGAACGAGUUGGUGUUGAACAUUCCUGA